AGAGAGAGCUAUACUUAGACAGCAAUGAAGAUAGUCCGCCACAACUAACCCUGUCCUACAGAGCACGGUGGACUUCUUAGCAGCGGCUCGGGAUUGUAUCCAAGCCCAGAACUCUGGUCCUUCUCAGCUCGUCUGGACCGGCAACAUAAUUCCACUGGUCGGAGGAUGGAGCUGCUUCCAAAAUCCAGCAGCAACUCGGCGCUACUCCAGUGAGACCAGUGCGCUCCUUCUGACUUCGGGAGCCUUGUGCUCUGAAAGCUUUGAUGAGACUCGUUGACGUUUCAGAGAGCUGUCGGGUAGCGCUGUGGUUUCAUCUGGACCCCCGCGGCUUCUGAUGCCGUGUCACUUGGGAAAAGCCGGAGCUGCAUUAGUGGCUAAUCUGUCUGUGACUCUCAACCGGAGCGAAAGGUAAAAGAAGACGGGAAGGUUGUGUGUGUUGCUCACACAAAAGUGCCAAAUAUUUUAAAGACCAUUACCCAGAUCGGUGGGGAAAAGAAAUAUGAAGAGUAUGAAGACUUGACCACUUAUCUUUUAGAUUCACGAGACACAAUCGCUCAAAUGAAGACCACCGAGAAGAAUGAAGCGCAAGCAGAGACGAUCUCGAAGAUUCCAAAUUCACUCAUUGAGGACUUGGUGCUGAACACGACACCUUAGUCACACUGACGCGGCGCCCUCUCACACUUUGUGUGUGAAAGUGUCUUUUCUUUCGGUUUACCCCCGAUGGUUGCCUCCGGCCAUGACGCGCCCAUCGGAGGCCGAGCGGAGAUGACCGGGUGUGUCCCUCGCGGGGUCUGAAGCUUUGUGGCCCUUGGCGUCUGAAUGUGGCGGUGAUAUGUUGAGGGCGCCAGGUGUCGCACCAGCUCCGUCGGGCCAAGAGUGGCGAUUUCAGUGUUCCGUCGGCGUGGACUGUAGCGACGCUGAGCCCCGCUGCAUCUGGCUGGCGGUUUUGAGGAGUGUUUCGCCUCACAGCUCGCGGCGUGCAACCCCCAUCGUAUCGCCAAGAAGACGGGGCUCCCGGAGGGCCAUACGGCGCCACGGCUUGUCCUGGGCUAAAGGACGGAGAGAUGGCAUGGUGUCGUCCAAUGAGAACAGGCGGCGGCCGGCGUCGUCGGGCGAGGUGGAGGGCGUGUCGUGGCAGGGCCCGAGGACCAUUUUCGUCCCGAAGAACUCACAGGGAUUCGGCUUCACUCUGCGCCACUUCAUCGUCUACCCACCCGAGUCCUCCCUCAGCAUCAAGGAUGAAGAGAAUGGAAACACAAGUGCAAGAGGUUGUCAGCGGUCUCGCUUGGAGCCGAUGGACACCAUCUUUGUGAAGAGCGUGAAAGACGACGGGCCCGCGCAACAAGCCGGACUGUGUACAGGGGACAGGCUGGUGAAGGUCAAUGGCGAAAGCAUUCUGGGUAAAACCUACUCUCAAGUGAUCAUGCUCAUCCAAAACAGUGAAAACAUUCUGGAGCUCUCUAUUAUGCCCAAAGAUGAGGAUGUGUUGCAGUUGGUAAGUGCGUACUCCCACGAUGCCUACCUGAAAGGCAAUGAGCCGUAUUCAGGCGUGGCCCAGAACCUGCCGGCUCCGCCCCCUCUCUGCUACCCCUCCGCCCCCCCACACACCCCCAACAGACCCCCCGACAACUGGCAGUGCAGACCGGGCCCCGUGGGCUCCCCGCUGGACAACCGCCUGACUGCCGCCGCCGCCCACCCCGCCCCCGGCUGGCCCGGGGGCCCCGAGGAUCCCGCCGCCCCGCUUGCCCCGUCGGGCCGAAACCGAGGUCGCUCCUCUUCGACCAUCAGCGCGCUGGACUUUCACUUUGCUAACCACAACGCUGCCAUUGCCUCCGCUACGCUGCCUCCCCCGCGGAAGAGCAGCGCGCAGGCCCCUCCCCGCACCCACGCCGACGCCCUCUGCCACCAGGCUCUGUCGGACUGGUACUACAGCCAGGCCGACGCCGCGGAGAGCAUGUCCCCCCGCCACCGCAGUAUAUCCCAGGACUGUUUGGCGGAGCUGGGGCUGGGGUUGGCCCUCGGCCCCGGUCCCGCAUCCACGAGCGCCGCCGACAAACGCAGAAGGGAAACCCUCCAGUUCCACCACCAGGCGGCCGCUGCGUCCCAUGAUUCCUAUUGGUUGGGGGGUUGGGGCGGCGUAUCAGCGCCGGGGAAGUCCGCUCAGAGAGCCUCCCUGCCAGCGUACGCCGAGUACGAGCAUAAUACGGCCCGCUCUGUGGAGACGCUGGCUCAGGCCUCGGCGCUGGUGUCCCCGCUCUGCCAACACUCCUCACACGCGUCACAAACGUUACAUUUCAAAGAGCAGAAAGUCCCGGCGGUGCAUCAGCACAAAACCACGGUGAUGUCCCCCAUCACAGCCUCCUCCACAGUGCCUCCCAGCAGCAGGCGGUCAGGCCAGCAGGUGGCCGAACCCCAAACGCGGCGAGUCAAAGAAGAAGAAGAAGGAGAGCUGGUGGGCUACAAAAGCUACAGCCCCUCUUUCAGCCACAAAGCCGGCCAUCUCCUCCAGCAGGCGCACUCCUUCAGAGAGCCCGGCUACAGCGGCCCCCACCUCGACUGGAGCCCCGACAGCAGAGGCGGCUCCGUGGACGGCGAGCUCGCCGCGGUGCCCAGGGCCCAGUCUACCCCGGCGCCGUCUGCCUCGAUGGAGGAGAGAGCCCGGCCGGGGGAGGACGCGGAGCUCGUCUCCCCCGGCUCCCUGAGUCAAGAGGUGGUCCUGAGGCAGAAGCCGCCCUCCGGCCGCCGAACCCCUGUCCAGGCCGCUCGACUGACCCACUACGCGGGAAACGUGGAGUCCCCAGAGUCCCCCGGGGUGGAGCCCACGCAAGGGACCCCGUCUCCAGCCGGGGGACCAGGCACCAACCGCAGGGCUAAUGGUAGCCUGGCACAGCACGCUUACAACUCGCUGGCCUCUAUUCCCUUCAUAGAUGAGCCCAGCGGUCCUAGUAGUGACCUACAGGCCUGCUAUGUACCAGCCCGCUCUGUUGUGUCCAGUUCCCAGGCCUCCACCACCCUCACUUCCACCUCUGUCCCCCCCACAAUCUCCUCCAUCUCCCCCUUUGUCCGACUUGGUUCUCAGGACUGCAGCAGUAUUAAAAGUCGCCGCUCGUCUUACUUGCUGGCCAUCACCACCGAGAGAUCCAAGUCCUGUGACGAGGGUCUCAACACCUUCAGGGAGGAAGGCCGCGUCUUCUCUAAGCUGCCAAAAAGGGUCAAGAGCUUUUUCGCCGAUGGGUCUCUGGAGAGUCUGCGAGUGCAGGAGGAGGCCCGGUCCAAACGCCACUCCACCUCUGAACUGGGAACCAUCACCUUCAGUGACGUUCGCACGGAGGGGUGGCUGCACUACAAACAGAUCCUCACGGAGAAGGGAAAGAAAGUGGGAGGCGGCAUGCGACCGUGGAAGCGCGUCUUUUCCGUGCUGCGCUCGCAUUCGCUCUUCCUCUACAAGGACAAGCGAGAGGCCGUCCUCCACGGGGCGGGGGCGGGGCCUAGCCUGGACGAACACCCUCCGAUUAGCAUCCGCGGCUGCCUGAUCGACAUCGCCUACAGUGAAACCAAGCGGAAGCACACGCUGAGGCUGACCACGCAGGACUUCUGCGAGUACCUGCUGCAGGCCGAGGACAGGGACGACAUGCUGGCCUGGAUCAGGGUCAUCAGGGAGAACAGCAAGACCGACAACGAGGAGAUCGGCUUCUCAAGACAAGCCCUCAUCAACAAGAAGCUGAAUGACUACAGGAAACACAGUCUGACAGGCAGUAAGCCGGACUCUUCUCCCAAAGCCCACCGCAUGAUGCCCCCCUUCCUCCUGGCUAAGACCGACAACACCUCAGUGAACCGAGCCUCCAGAACCGAGGACAACAAGGCGUUGUGGGGCAUCAACCUCAUGAAGAAGGCCAAGAAGACGAGCAGUCCGAAGGCUUUCGGCGUGCGGCUGGAGGACUGUCAGCCCGCUGUCAACCACAAAUUUGUCCCUCUCAUCGUGGAGAUGUGCUGUGGCGUGGUGGAGGAGACGGGGCUGGAUUACACCGGUAUCUACCGCGUGCCAGGCAACAACGCCAUGGUGUCCAACCUUCAGGAGCAUCUCAACAAGGGCAUGGACAUCAACACCGCUGAGGAGAGAUGGCAGGACCUGAAUGUAAUCAGCAGCCUGCUCAAGUCCUUCUUCCGAAAACUGCCUGAGCCGCUGUUCACGGAUGACAAAUACAACGACUUCAUUGAUGCCAACCGGAUAGAAGACGCGGAGGACAGACUGAAGACCAUGAAGAAACUGCUCCACGACCUCCCGGAUCAUUACCAUCACACCCUGAAGUUCCUGGUGGGUCACCUCAAAAAGGUGGCCGAUCACUGUGAACUCAACAAGAUGGAGCCGCGGAACCUGGCCCUGGUGUUUGGUCCCACUCUGGUGAGGACGUCGGAGGACAACAUGACUGACAUGGUCACACACAUGCCUGACCGCUACAAGAUAGUGGAGACGCUCAUCCUGCACCACGACUGGUUCUUCACUACCGGAGAGCUCGAUGAAGAGGAGAAGGCCCCAGAAGACAAGCGCGACAUGCAGCCGGUGCCCAACAUCGACCACCUGCUGUCCAACAUCGGCCGGCCCGGGAUGCCAGGAGAGGCGUCAGAUUCCACCACCAGCGAUUCACUUAAAUCAAAGCUUUCUUCGCUCUCCAAGAAGGACCUGAGUGCCAGGGACUUCCUGCCCAAGUCCAUCAUCUCCGCUGUCACCCGCAAACGUAAAAAAUGCCUCAGUGGCCACGUGCAGGGCGGCAGCGCUGACGAGGACUCGGAGCAUGAGCCGGUCAAAACCAGCAACUACGGGGGAGGAGAAGGCAGGGGAGGGGAGGAGGAGGAGGAUGCAGGGGAGGAAGAGGCGGUCAAGGGGGAACUUGCUAUUCUGAAAAAAGACAAAAGAGAUAAAAAGGAAGUUGGGGCGAAAGCUAGCGAGAUCGCUGAGGGCAAAGAUGUGUUGUCUGGAGAGGAAGAGGGGAACAGAACCAGCAAUGGCGCCAAAAAGGAGAGCUGGCGAACAACCGCCCCGCCCUUAAAUGCCACUCAACAAAACCUUUUCCCCCGUCCGCACCAUCGGAUCGAUGCCACUUACCCAAAACCCGAUCCUUCCCACUCGAGGCCUCGCGCUCCGGCCAGAGAACACUCCACAAUCCCUCUCUGGAUCUGCCCCACCAGGGUUCCCAGCAUCUGCCCGUCGGGUUACGGGACCCAGCAGCCAGACUGGAACCAGUCGGCGCCAGUACGCUACCGGAAGACAAGAGGCGGGAGGACGAGGGCCAUUUCCAUGAAUGUGGACCUGGAGCUGUGCAGGAGUGACGAAAGAGUCAGAGGGUGGAGAGCAGAGAGGGUGGAGGUGAUCCGAGUCAUUGAAGGAGCCCCCGAUCAGCAUGGACGUGUUGGGGUUCCUCAGGGAUCGAUUGUAGGUCCUGGGUCAAUUCAACAAAUGGAUCCCCUUCCUCGUCGCCCUCUCCUCUCCUCUUCCUCAGCCUGGACAGAUCUAAGCUCCCCGGGAUCUCACCCGGUGGUUCUGAGGCGAUCGGCCAUGGAUCCUCGGGACAAGACGAGAGCGUGGCGCCGUCACACGGUGGUGGUUUAAUCCACUGACGUAGUACCACGUACGUCAGGACGACCCUUUGACAUCGUGCGCAGCUGAAGAGUUUCAUUCCCAAAUUCAAACUGUGAAACUCACUAUGAACAAAUUCUACCAUUCAACUACUUUUCAAGCUACUGACCUUUAACCCUUUACUCACAGUAAUUAAACCUUGUUGUAUGUUUUCAUAGGAACAUUAUGGCUGAUUAGGAUCCUGGUAUUUCUGGCAAAUUUACACCAAAAUCCCUUUUCUCAGGACGGAUACCUGAGGGAUCCUGUGAUUUUAAACUUGUAGGUUAACAUUCUAAAUCCACACUGAUUUUGAUAGAGUCACACUAUGACCCAACAUGCUAACACACAAACCCGCCCAGGACACCCUGGUGUUGCGUUAGCAGCGCCAACUGUCCAUUCCUCACAUGUCAGCACCCUCAAUUCCAUUGAGAUCCAUUGAUUUGAUGGUAACCAAUUACUGUUUUAAAUGCUGGUGUGACCAAGCAAUAUGACUCGAUACCCAUUUUCAUCCGAUGACUUUUAAUGAUAAAUAUGUGUAUUAAGCUGUGUGGCAAAGUAUACUUUUGAAAUAUAUUUUUCUAGAUUACGGGAACGGGACAGAGUGCAAACAAUCUGACUCGCAGAUCUAAAUGUCAAAGAUGUAGAGAUAUAAGGCUUUGAAGGCAGAAGAUCAUCUUAAUGUGAAAUGUAACUAAUGUUGUUGAACAAUAAUCCCAAUUCGGACAACCAGGAAAUGUUUUCUUACAUAAUCCUCCUAAUUUUCCUACAUGAAUAAACUAGAGUAACAAAUCCAGGGCUCGAUGUAUUACGGGGAAUCAAUCCUCCUAAAAUCAGAUGAAAACCUGCCACUUAUUAUUAUUAUUAGAUUCUCGUGUAAAAAAAAAAGGUAACCAUCGAUUAAGAAUUUUUGCAGCGUUUCAGUGUUGUUCUUAUUACAACCUCUAGGUGGUGCCAAAAGGAAGGACUUCACAUGGCCUUUACCUUUCGUUUCUAAAAUAAUGUUUUGGAAUGAAAAAUAUACAAAAAAUAGGAUCAGAAGAUAGAAAGAGUUUAUCUCCAGAGCGGAGAUGGAAGCACGCGUUCCUCGCUGCAGACCGACUGUUGUUGUCCUCGACGACGGCCACAACAAUGACACGUGACCCGGCUGACCUGGUUCCCCCGGCCCCCCCAGUCCUCUACCUGCUCCUCCUACGGAUCUCCAGGGGACUCCUGGGUCCCCCCUCGCUCUCUCUCGGGACUUGGGCGCCAUGCCGAAGCUUCCGAGGACACAUGUUGUGUGCGUGGGGUCGGCGAUUUUAAAAUAUGCAAACUCAGUGUUGAACACGAGCAUAUCAUGGUUCCUGUCUGGCGUGUCGGGGGAGGAGCUUAAGGAAAAGUUUAAGGCAGCUAUGCGAAGUUAUGCCAAAAUGUUUUGUUUUAAUCAUUUGUGGACAAUUUAGAGCCAAAAGAGAAGCUACGGGAGGCUCCAGUUUCUACAUGAUAUCAGUGUCAUUAAUGUGAGUGAAGAACCUCCUCAAACACAAAACCACAAAGUCUUACCCAAGUGAUAUUUUUCAAAUUUUCCUUUCCACGUGUGGUGGAUGUUUCCGCUCCUGUGCGGUGUAGAGAAGUGAACUAAAGUGUACUGCCAGCCGCUGUCAUGUUCCUGUGUGGGUCCCUCUGUGCAUGUACAUGAACAUGGGGGGCUGUGUGUGGACCAAUUUUUGUAACAGUUGUACAAUGCCUUGUUAAGUUAACCUGUAUAUAUAAUUAUUAUACAUAAUAUAUUAAAUUAUUUGUUUUUGAA